AUGACCUCCACACACAUUGUUGGAGUCGACGCGGACGGCCUGGUUUACUAUGCAUAUGGCGGCGAGAAGGUGAAGCUAAAGUGUUUGGUGUCGCAACAAGACAUGGAGGCGGAAUUUGGCAGCGACUCCUGUUGGGUAGGUAAAAUACGAUUUAAUCAAUAUUUGAUGUUUUAUUUUAUAGGGCUUUGAUGUGAAUAGUUGCGAAAAAGAUGAGAUUUUAUGGGCUUAUUUGACUUUUUCCAUUUUUUUAAAUAAAAACUGAGACGUUGAAGUUAAUUUACACAAGCUUACUGGUGGAAAUGGAGGUAAUAAAGUCCCCAUUUUCUUCGAAAUUUCGAGUUUUUGCGGGUAUUUUAAAAAAUUUCAGCCUAGACAGUACGUAAAACGAGGAGAGACGGACUGAGAAAAGAACAGUCUUUUACACAAAAAAAAUAAUUUUUAAAAUACGACUCCGUUUCGUACCCCUAAAUAUUUUUAUAAUUUUUAAACUAAAUAUUCAAAAAAUCCCAAAUUUUUCAGGUCUGCAGCUCCCCAGCCAAUGGGAUUCACUUCAAAGCGGUCAGUUGUGCCGCUUGCAACGCGUUCUUCCGGCGAAGUAUCGCUUCAAAACGGGUAUAUUUAUGCCGGAAGGAUGGGGAUUGUGCCAUAAAUAAGAAUGUUCGCUGCCUUUGUCGCGCCUGUCGAUUGAAGAAAUGCGUUUUUGUUGGGAUGGAUGCUAGAGGUAAACAUUAUUUAUUUUUUCGGAUUUUUUUUAUUUGAGGUGAAAAUUGGGAUAUUUAUCAGGGUUUGAAGGUAAAAUAUGAACGCUUUUUCAAAUUUUUUUUGUUAAACUUGUACGAAUUUUAAUUUACAGCUACUUUGCAAUUUCUGAAAAUUUUUACAUUUUUGUAAACGCUUCAAGAAUUUGGUUCAUAAAAAAUGGCGUUGGAAUUUAAUUCUGGCCUAAAAAAUUAAUUUAAAAUAAAAUAAAUUAACUAAAAAUUAAAAUCUUUGCCCAUAAUUUUUUGUUUCUGCUUGAAGAAGUUUGUUUUUUGGCAGAAAAUUCGAAAAUCACAAGAAAAAAUUUAUUUUUUUUGAUUGCGUCCGCCCUAAAAAUACUGACGGCGAAUUAUCGGUAUUUUCUGGUAAAAUACGUACCACUUUCGCCAAGUGUUUAUUUCCAAAUUAUACUCAUCAUUUUCUCCCAUGUAACUAUUAUUUUCAGUGGUUCAACCACAACGCGGAGCUCUGCAUGAACCGGAUUCUAGUCCAAAACAGGUCGUUCCAAAAGGAAUUAAAAUUGAGAAUAAGUAAGUGUGCAACUUUUGACCGUAUUUCUAUCUAUCGUAUAUUAUUUUGAUGUCCACUUUGUUUUAUUAUGUAAAUAAGAUAGCAAUUUUUCAGAUGCAGUCCAAACUCGGACGACCUCAGCAUCCGAUCAGACACGGAGAGUGUUCUGUCGCAUCGAUUGUUCAGCGAUAAAAGCUCCGUUUAUGAGGUAAGCCAAAGCAAUAUUUAAAAGACCAAAAUAAUUGUAAUUUUGAUGAUGCGGCGUUCUAAGCUUGCGCUUUGCAGAAACAACCAUUUUUUGUAAAAAGUUGUCGGAAGUUGCUCAUUUUUUUGCAAAUUUUUCUGCGAAAGUUUUUAAAAAACCAUUCGUUUUAUGGCACUCUUUUUAAAAUCUCAUUAAACCAUGUUAACUCUAAUUCAAGAAAUUGGCCUUCAAACAUGAACUGGAUGACUAAAAAUUAGGUCUCGAAGUAUGACUUUGUCGUUUUUUUGUUUUGCGUUUUUCACGGGUUGAGAAACAUUUUCGCAAUUUCUGUUUAGAGCGUCUGAAAGAACGCUAAAAACGCUAUCCACUGAUAUAUGUUUCAUAUGGUAGGGCUUUAUAUCACAACUUUUAUAAGGCUUCCAAGAUGACCAACUUUGUCUUAACUCCUUUUUUAUGGUUCUUUAAAAAAAUUAUGCUUUCAAAAUUCACCUUCAAAAACCCAAAAAAGCCUCAGGACGCUGUCUAUCCCUCAUAAUCCCCUUUUCAGGCCGACCUAAACAAGCCUUCCGUGUCUUCGGAGUUAUGUUCCAGUCCCUCCUGUUCCUCGCAAGUCUCCUUUAAAAUCAUCGAUGCCGGCUUGACGGCCUACAAAAAGUUGUUGGAUCGGCGUCGAAUCAUCUACACGACCACGUCGCUGGCCGACAUGAUGAGUGGCGUUGAGCCGGAGUUCCGGAAGCACGGAAGCGCCGACCAUCAUCGUUUGGAGUGCGCGCAGAUACGAACAUGGGUCGCGAACGCCAUGGAAUUCUUCGGCUCCUUCUAUUUCCUCAACGAGCUGGACGUGAAGGAUCGUUGCGCAAUGUUUAAGGCGUUCCUGGUCAACUUUAUCAACCUGGAAAAGUAUUAUUUGACCUACAAGAAAGGCGGCGCCGUCCAGAAUCGGAUUUAUUGCCAAGAUUAUAUUUACAUCGACUUGAAUGAGCUGAUCGAAGCAACGAAUGGAGAGAAGAAGGCCUUCAAACAGGGCGACAAAGUGAUGGACAGUGCGACGACGAACAAAAUAAACUUGCCGGAUUGUAUAAAAGCGAUGGAAUUGCUGGUGCGGCCGAUGCAUGAGCUCCAAAUGGACGAUACCGAGUUCAUUUGCUGCGCUGUCAGCAUGAUGUUCGACUCGAGUAAGUUAUUUUUUAAUCCUUAAAAAUAGCGUCAACAAUUUUUUUCGCACGGUGCGGUAUUAAAAUUGAAAAAUUACAAUUUUGCUCCGCACAGUGCAAAUUUUGCGAAUUUUGUUAUUGCACAGUGCAGGGUUGAGUAAUUUUUUUGGCUCUUCGGAAAUUGAAAGUUCCUAUAGUGUAUUAGAAUUUAUAAAAAAAACUUAUUUUUAAUUGUUUCCCGCACCGUGCGAAAAUUUAAGUUUAAAAAUCACUGCACAGUGCGGAUUUUCGGAAAAUUGUUAUUGCACAGUGCAGUGUGGAAAAAAAAGUUUUGCCAUGAAAAAAGGCCUGAUAUCGUUUUCUUAACGUAUGUCGAUGUUAUUUUUCGAUAUCAAAAUUCAAUUUUCAGGAUUUUUUUAAAAAAACUUGUUUUUUUUGCUUGCACCGUGCGGAAUUCGAUUUUAUUUUUGAAAAAUUUUCAAGUGUAAUGUAUACUAAUUUAACUUUACCGAAUUAAAAAUAAUUUUUACACUCUUUACAAUACACUCUUUCAGCUUUGAUCGGUGUAAAUCCGGCGAUAAAAAGUUUGGGAAGCAAAAUUCGGAACCAGCUCUAUCAAGAGUGGUUCCAAUAUUACGAUUCGAUGGGAUUCAAGCACGAAGAAGCGGCAAUGCGAAUGGGAAAUGCUUUGCUCAUUGCACCAACACUGAUCGAGUUUGUCAAUCACAUCAAACAGAACUUCCAUUUGAUGAGAGUUUUUGGCGCUGGAGAUGAGUAUGACAAGGUGUUGAACGACAUUUUUUUGGAUUGA